GUUUUGAUCACCGGGGUGUGGCAAGUAUAAAGCAGGUCCCGCCGUGAUCUGCGGUUUCACUUGGUCGUUGUUCGUCGCGUAAUGCCAGUUUUUGUGUGAAGGUGGCUUAAGAACAUUUGAUCAUGAUCAGGACGACAGUAUGCCUACUGGCGCUUUAUUUAUGUUGUACGACGGCACAAGUACCACAAAGACUCCAAAUUUCUGGUGCUUUGCUGGCUAGUUCGCGGCCAGUGUUAAGACCACAAGCAGGACCUGCUCCAAGACUCAGAAGGCCAAAUGCCAUAUCUUCAGGACCUAGAGAGGUCAGGCCUGUAGUAGAAGACGUGGAAGAACCAAACUAUCCACAAGCCGCAACAUCAACUUUCGACGACGAGGUCAAUAAAUUGGGCUUGUCAGUUCUACAGGGUGCGAUCAGAGAUGCUCCCGAGGAAGAAGCUGCUCCUUCGCCUUUAGCUUUUAGGCCUGAAAGACCCGUGCCCAUCGCUAGGGAGCAAAUUAGGGAGAAAAUCACAAGGCCCGCGCCAUUGCCUCCACCACCCAGGCCAGCUGUCAGACAGGAUUUCAGAGAGGAGGCGCCAGCACCAAGACCAGCACCUGUUAGACAGGUGAGUAGACCUGCUCCAGUUCAACAGCAAACUUUCAGAGCCGCCUCGGCAAAGGUAGCCCCACGCCAUCAGAGUCUCGAGGAAGAGGAGGAACUCAGAGAACGAAGACGCAGACCCGUAACUCAGAUUCUGAGGAAGUACCGUACCGAUAACGAAGACGGUAGCAUCACUUGGGGUUUUGAAAAUGAUGACGGUACUUUCAAGGAAGAAACGUUGGGUGCAGACUGUAUAAUUAGAGGAAAAUACGGAUACGUAGACCCUGACGGUGUCAAAAGGGAGUUUACAUACGAGGCUGGUAACAAAUGUGACGAACCCGAGGAAGAAGAAGAGGAUCUUUUACCCCAAAAACCUAACAUCCCUCAGUCUAAAAACAGGCCACAGCCGCCUUACAGGCCUGCGCCCCAAUAUGUGAACUAAAAAAAAAGCUCAAAAUUUUUUCCUUUAUUUUUUUUUGUUUUUUCUAUUAAACUAUUUAUUACCUUACUCCUAAGACCUACCAUUUUGUUUUGUUAACAUUCCGAAAAAGACGUGUAAGUCAAUUUAAUAAAUCAUACAAAACUAUCGAAAAAGUUACCUAUGCCAUAUAUGAAUAUUUUUGUAAAAUAUAUU